AUGAGCACGGAGGUGCUGCUCCUGCUGACUGGCCUGGCCUCUUGCUGUGGAUUCAACCUGGAAACGGAAAACCCUACGAUUUUCCAGAUGGGUGGAGCUGGGUUUGGCCAGAGUGUGGUCCAGUUCCAGGGUUCGCAGCUGGUGGUCGCAGACCCACUGGAGAGGGAAUCAGCGGCGACCACAGGACGACUAUACAAGUGUGACUAUGGCACCGGAAGCUGUGUUCCCAUCCUUCUGCAGCCCCCCGCAGAGGCGGUGAACAUGUCCCUGGGUCUCUCCCUGGCUGCCCGUUCCAGGUCUCCACAGCUCCUGGCCUGUGGCCCCACGGUCCACCGGCCCUGUGGGGAGAACAUGCAUCUGAAUGGCUUCUGCUUCCUGCUGAACUCAAACCUGCACCUGAAGAAGCAGAUCCCCGAAGCCCUGCAGGAUUGCCCGAAGCAAGAGAGUGACGUGGCCUUCCUCAUCGAUGGCUCUGGCAGCAUUGUCCCCAAAGAUUUUAAACAGAUGAAGCAGUUUAUCCGUGCUGUGCUGGACCGAUUCCAGGGAACCAGUACUCUGUUCGCUUUGAUGCAGUUCUCUAACAUGUUCCGGACACACUUCACAUUCGAUGAUUUCAAGAACAGCUCAAACCCGGAAGACCUGAUCAAUCCAAUUUCUCAGCUGACUGGUCUGACGUACACUGCUUCUGGCAUCAAGAGAGUGGUGGAACAACUCUUCAACCAGUCACAGGGAGCCCGGAAAGAUGCCAACAAGAUCCUUAUUGUCAUCACCGAUGGGCAGAAAUAUAAAGAUCCCCUGGAUUACAACAGCACCAUUCCCCUGGCCGAAUCUGCGGGGAUCAUCCGCUAUGCAAUUGGGGUGGGCUCUGCUUUUAGAAAAGCCGAGGCCCGGAAGGAACUGGACAGCAUCGCGUCAGAUCCACCCCGAGACCACGUGUUCCAGGUUAAUGACUUUGAGGCCCUGGAUAACAUCCGGAGCCAGCUGCAGGAAAAGAUCUUUGCCAUCGAGGGAACCCAGAAGGGGAGCAGUAGCUCUUUCCAGCACGAGAUGUCUCAGGAGGGCUUUAGCGCUCUGCUGACUCCUGAUGGGCCAGUGCUGGGAGCUGUGGGGAGCUUCGAUUGGUCUGGUGGGGUUACCCUGUACCCCAGAGCCGGGGGCUCCACCUUCAUUAACAUCUCCCAGGAGAGCGGGGACAUGAAUGACGCUUAUCUGGGUUACUCUGCUGAUGUGGCCACUCAGAAAGGGGUUCGGAGCCUGGUUUUGGGGGCCCCCCGGUACCAACACACGGGGAAAGUCGUGAUGUUCAGGAAGAUCGCCGGGAGCUGGAAUCAGUGGGCAGAGGUCACAGGGGCACAGAUCGGCUCCUAUUUUGGGGCGACCGUCUGCACCGUGGAUGUGAACAGAGACAACAGCACGGACCUGGUCCUCAUCGGAGCCCCCCAACACUACACACAGAAUGCAGGGGGGCUUGUAUCAGUCUGCCCAGUGCCCCUGAGGAGGGCAGAUUGGCGGUGUGAGUCCGUCCUCCGGGGACAGCCUGGGCACCCUCUGGCUCGUUUUGGGGCGGCCCUGGCCGUGCUGGGGGACACGAAUGGGGACGGACUGGCAGACGUAGCGGUGGGGGCACCUGGUGAGGAGGAGAACCGGGGAGCUGUCUACCUGUUUCACGGUGCGGUGUCGGCCCAGAUCAACCCCACCUACAGUCAGCGGAUUGGGGGCUCCCAGCUCUCUCCAGGGCUCCGGUACUUUGGACAGGCCCUGAGCGGGGGGCAGGACCUCACCCAGGACGGACUGGUGGACGUGGCCGUGGGCGCCCAGGGCCAGGUGCUGCUGCUCAGGUCCCGACCUGUGCUGAGAGUCGAAGUUUCCCUGCAAUUCAUGCCCCCGGAGCUGGCACGGGCCGUAUUUGACUGCGGAGAGCAGAUGGACCCCCGCCGGGAAGUUGGAGAGGCGAGAGUCUGUCUUAAUGUCCACAAGAGCUCACAGGACCAGCUGGCUCACGCUGCCAUCCAGAGUUCUGUGAUCUAUGACCUGGCCCUGGAUCCCGGACGCCUAAGUCCCCGUGCCGUCUUUGUCGAGUCCCAGAACCGGACCUUGAGGAUGGAGCGAACUGUAGGACUGGGGGAGAGCUGCGUGUCCUUGAAGCUGCUGUUACCGACGUGUGUGGAAGAGUCAGUGACCCCUAUCAUCCUGCGCCUCAACUUCUCGCUGCUGGGCCGACCCAUCGCCUCGUUCAGGCAGCUCCGCCCUAUGCUGGCCAAGGGCUCAAGGGACCUGUUCACCGCCUCUCUGCCAUUCGAAAAGAACUGCGGCGCCGACAGCAUCUGCCAGGACGACCUCAGUGUCACCUUCAGCUUCUCCAGCCAGCAGAGCCUGGUGGUGGGGACGUCUCCGGACCUGAAUAUCAUCGUGACCAUGCGCAAUGAAGGCGAGGACUCAUACAGGACCCUGGUCACCUUCACUUACCCCCCGGGGCUGUCCCACCGCCGGGUCUCUGUGCUCCAGAAUCCCCGGCAGCCACGGGCCCUGCGUCUCACCUGCGAGUCUGUGCAGCCAAGCAUCAGCAGCUGCAGCAUCAGCCAUCCCAUCUUCCGGGAGGGAGCUGAGGCCACCUUCCUGAUCACCUUCGACGUCCCGCCCACGGCCGACUUUGGUAACACUUUGCUCCUCAGUGCCAAUGCCACCAGCGACAACAACAUCCCCAAGACCAGCAGAGCCUUCUUCCAGCACCAGCUGCCCGUCAAAUAUGGGGUCAACGUGGUCAUCAGCAGCGGGGAGCAAUCCACGAGCUACCUGAACUUCUCGGCGUCGGAGGAGAAGAGCAGCCACGUUCUGCAGCACCAAUACCACGUGAACAACUUGGGUCUCCGGAGCCUCAGUGUCACCGUGGCCUUCUGGAUUCCCGUGGAGCUGGACGGGCUGCCCGUAUGGACUGAGCCUGAGGUCGUCCCCCUCCAGGACUUCCCAAUGCAGUGUGUGAGUGACACAGAAAAUCCCCCGGACCCUGGCUUCCAAGACCUCCUCCAGCAGGACCCUGACCUGAACUGCUCAGUCGCCGUCUGCCGGGUAAUCCGCUGCCCCAUCACAUCCUUUCAAGUCAGAGAGGAACUCACCUUCACCCUCAAAGGCAACCUCAGCUUCGGCUGGGCAGGCCAGAUGAAGCAGAAGCGGUUGUUGGUGCUGAGUUCGGCCGCGCUGCUCUUUGACACGGGGCGGUACACUCAGUUUCCCGGCCAGGAGGGAUUCCUGGCAGCCCAGACGAAGACCGUGGUGGAACGCUACGAGGUUUAUGAUCCGCUCCCCCUCAUCGUGGGCAGCUCCGUGGGAGGGCUGGUCCUGCUGGCGCUCCUCACUGCCGGCCUGUACAAGCUUGGAUUCUUCAAGCGGCAGUACAAGGACCUGAUGACUAAAGAUGCUUCAGCAGCUGGAGAGACCCCCGAUGUGCCCCUGCUGGAGUAA